ACUUGUGGUAAUAAAUUCCCGCCAUCAUCAACAUCCAUAAUUCUGUAAAUCCAAAAUCUUCCCCGCACGCAAAGAAACCUCUUCCCAUUUCACAUUCUCAAAAUUUAUACACUCCCCGAAAUUUAUACUUACAAAAAAGAAGAAAUGGAGCUACAAGUGAUUGAUUUGGCUCCAUAUCUACAAUCAAACGAUUCGGAUCCGACCCAUUUGGAUCCGAAACUCAUCUCACUCUGCAGUGAAGUCAGUCGGAUUCUUAAGGAAACCGGGGCUUUGUUAGUGAAAGAUCCGAGAUGUUCAGUUGAGGAUAAUGAUAGAUUUAUUGAUAUGAUGGAGAAGUAUUUUGAAAUGCCAGCUGAGUUUAAGAGGCUUCAAGAAAGACCCCAUCUCCAUUAUCAGGUUGGAGUGACCCCUGAAGGAGUUGAAGUUCCUCGUAGUCUGGUUGACGAGGAAAUGCAGGAAAGGUUUAAAGAAAUGCCAAAAGAAUAUCGACCAUUAACUCCUACAGGACCAGAUCCCAAGUGGCGGUACAUGUGGAGGAUUGGUUCUCGACCAUCAAAUACUCGCUUUCAGGAAUUGAAUUCUGAACCUGUUAUACCUGAGGGUUUCUCUGAAUGGAAAGACACAAUGGACUCCUGGGGAUAUAAGAUGGUAAAUGCUAUUGAGGCUGUUGCUGAAAUGGCAGCAAUUGGAUUUGGUCUUCCAAACGAUGCAUUCACUAGUCGCAUGAAGCAGGGACCACAUCUUCUAGCUCCAACAGGUAGCGACCUCAGUCGGUAUGGCAAGGAGGGCACUGUGUUUGCAGGGUACCAUUAUGACCUUAACUUUCUGACAAUUCAUGGUAGAAGUAGAUUUCCUGGUUUAAGCAUUUGGCUGAGAAAUGGGCAAAAAGUCGAGGUGAAGGUCCCUAUUGGAUGCCUUCUUAUUCAAGCUGGAAAGCAGAUAGAAUGGUUGACUGCAGGAGAUUGUAUAGCUGGUAUGCAUGAAGUUGUCGUAACUAAAAGGACAACUGAUGCAAUUAAAUUAGCAUUGGAGCAAAACCGCAGCCUCUGGAGAGUGUCAUCGACAUUGUUUGCACAUAUAGCAUCUGACGCUAUACUGGAGCCGUUGGGUCAUUUUGCUGAAUCUCCUCUUGCUGCCAAGUAUCCCCCAAUCUGCGCAGGAGAAUUCGUCGAACAAGAGCUUUCUGCAAUUAAUCUCAAAGGAAAUAAAGGAGCUAUGUAACUCAGCAACACAGGCUUAUUUGAGACUGAUGCAGAUGCUAGUAACUUCACAUUAUUCUGAAGGUCUAAAUUAUAUAGCAGAUUGGGAUAUUGUUGUUCCGCGAAUCUGUAGCCUGGAGAAACACUAGGCACUACAUACAGACCAUAUUGUACUUUAUGUUACUGGGAUAUGAAUGUUACUUCUUUUACCAAAAGCACUGGAAUGCAAAAUAUAACUUGUUAAGUCC